CGCAUGGGCAUGCAGUACCACUGGAGCAACCGGGGCUAUGGCAGCUUCAACGAUUUCCUCAUGGAUUUGAAGCAGUCCAAGCGCAAGACCAUUCGACAGGAGCGGAAGAAGGUAGCAGCGCAAGGCUUGAAGCUGCUUCGGCUGAGGGGAGAUGACAUCAAGGUGAGGCAAGAUGACGUCAUGGUGAGGCGAUAUGACGUCAUGGUGAGGCGAGAUGACGUCAUGGUGAUGGGAGAAUUGUAA